AUGGUCGACCGUCUUAAGCAGCUGACCUUCCAGGUCAGCUCUACGGCGCCUGCACCUCACCCCCUUGAUCCCUUGAGUACCUCCGAAAUCGACACAGCAGUAGCGCUUAUUCGGGAGAAGUAUGCCCCAGUCAACUUCAACGCCGUGUCGCUCGACGAGCCCCGCAAGGCAGAGAUGCUUGCUUGGCUGGCAGACUCACAACGAAAUCCUCGCCCUGCCCGACGAGCUGAUGUCGUUUGCAUCACCCCGCAAGGCAAAGUCUACGACGGGAUUGUUGACUUGAAUAAGAAUGAAGUUGUGGAAUGGAAACAUACCCCGGGUGUUCAACCCAUUAUCACCAUGGAAGAGCUCCAGGAAGUUGAGCACAUCUGCCGUCGGGAUCCCAAGGUUAUUGAGCAGUGCGGGAUUCUAGGUAUUCCGCCGCAGGAUAUGGAUAAAGUAUACUGUGAUCCGUGGACUAUUGGAUACGACGAACGCUUUGGAAGCAAUGUUCGUCUGCAACAGGCGUUGAUGUACUAUCGUCCGCAUGUUGAUGACUCCCAAUAUGGCUAUCCGCUCGACUUUUGCCCGAUCUAUAAUGCCGAGACCAAAAGCAUUAUCCACAUUGAUAUUCCCCCUGUGCGUCGCCCACUGAAUAAAGCUCCUCCAAACAACUAUCACGUCAAAUCUAUUGAAGAAUCGGGAGGAUAUCGCACAGAUAUCAAGCCAAUAAACAUCACACAACCACAAGGUGUUUCGUUCAACAUAAAUGGAAGGGUCAUUGACUGGCAGAAAUGGAAAAUUCACGUGGGAUUCAAUUACCGGGAAGGAAUUGUCUUGAACAAUAUUACCUUUAAUGACAAAGGAACUAUCCGUCCCAUCAUCUACCGCUUGUCAUUAGCAGAAAUGGUCGUACCCUAUGGAAACCCAGAGCACCCUCAUCAGCGCAAACAUGCAUUUGAUCUGGGAGAAUACGGCGGCGGUUAUAUGACAAAUAGCCUGUCUUUGGGAUGUGACUGCAAAGGUGCUAUCCACUACAUGGACGCUGCCUUUGUUAAUAGAGCCGGCGCAAGCACCGUUAUCAAGAACGCUAUUUGCAUUCAUGAGGAGGAUGCGGGAAUCUUGUUCAAACAUACAGAUUUCCGUGACGACUCGACUAUUGUCACCCGCGCUAGAAAGCUAAUCAUCUCACAUAUUUUCACUGCUGCCAAUUACGAGUACUGCGUAUACUGGAUUUUCCAUCAAGACGGCACCAUCCAGCUGGAUAUCAAGCUGACUGGCAUUCUGAAUACCUACUCGAUAAACCCUGGCGAGGAUACUAAUGGCUGGGGCACGGAAGUCUACCCUGGAGUCAAUGCCCACAACCAUCAGCACCUGUUCUGUCUGCGUAUUGACCCCCAAAUCGACGGACAAGACAACACCAUCUUCCAAGUCGAUGCAGUGCGAGGACCUGGGGAAGUAGGCAGCACAGAGGAUAAAUACGGAAAUGCUUUUUACGCCAAGAAAACAAAAUUCUCAACCCCCAUCGAGGCCAUGUCCGAUUACAACGGAGAAACCAGCCGAACCUGGGAAAUCGCAAACACGAAUAAAUUAAACCCAUACAGCAAGAAGCCUGUAAGCUAUAAGCUUGUCAGCCGCGAGGUUCCUACGCUCUUACCUAGGGAGGGCGGACUGGUCUGGAAACGAGCUGGAUUCGCUCGUCAUGCCGUUCACGUUACAAAAUACGCCGACAGCCAACUCCAUCCCGCAGGCCGCCAUGUGCCACAGACAUCAGGGGAGCCAUCCAUGGGCUUACCGAUGUGGAUUGAAGCGACAGGCUCUGAUUCCAUCGACAAUACCGAUGUUGUGUUAUGGCACACAUUCGGCCUCACACACUUCCCUUCUCCUGAGGAUUUCCCCGUCAUGCCUGCUGAGCCUAUGACAGUGUUACUGCGGCCGAGGAACUUUUUUGAUCGGAACCCAGUUCUUGACGUCCCUCCGAGCUAUGCCCGCACACCUUCGCAGGUUGCGGCUGGCGCUUCCGGGUGUGGAUGUAACUCGAAGGCCAAGGGUGAUGGCAGCAGCGUGUUGGUGUAA